AUGGGUAGAUUGAAACAUAAAGUGGAAAAGGUGAUAGAGUACACCAAAAUAACGUUAUCAGAAGAAUUGGAAACGAAAAAGCAGCAGAAUUUUGAUCAACUGAAAACAUUCAAUGAAACCUUGACAUUUCAAGAUAGGAAGGAUGCAAUACACCGUCUAGGAAUCAAAAUAAUGAUGAAUGAUGUAUCAACGGAUGAUUUUGAUGCCAGGAUUAAGUACCUGAAAAUUAUUGCUGAAAGAUUGUCCGAAAUGAAAACCCGUGUGACAAUGGAGAAGUAUGAAACAACUGUGAUUCGAUGUAUUAACCAGAUAAAACAACCAAUGGUGGACUGUCUGGUUAAAUUGGGUUGUAAUUUGAUUGAUGUGAAAUUGUUGGCAAUUAUGAUUGCCCAUGUGCGAAUAGAAGCAAUGGCUUAUCUAAGGGAGACAAAGCCAUCGAGAAUCGUAGUUUAA